UGCCUGUGCACGCACGCGCUGAAGCACCACCGGCGGCGCCUCUCUCCCUGCCGCCCACCGCCGGCCGCCCGGCCUGCCCCGCCGCCCGCCUCCCUGCGGCACGCCUGCUCUGCUGCUCAACCUGUUAGACCAGAUUACUCACCGAAAAAUUUCCUGGCUACGCCAUUGAUGGUCGUGGCCGUUAAGCCCAAAGCCGCCACCACCACCACCUCCCUCCUCCUCACCGCCGCCGCCGUUCAUGGAGACCUCCAAGUCGCCACGGCCGUUGCCCUUCUCCCCGCCGCGGGAACCCUCCGUGGCGACAGUGCUCCUCUGCCCGUGCGCGACGUUCCUCCUCCUCGCCCUCAUCGCUGGCUCCAUCGCACUCACGGUCCACUUCCGCCUCUACUGCCACUCCCCUGUCGCCCACCUCCUCUCCCCUCGGCAGUGCCCCCACCGCAUCUGACCGACCGCCGGGGCCUGCUCCCGCUGCUGUUGUCGGUGAGAUCCCACCCCCUGUUCCGGGCAGCGAGGUAUCUUUCCACCUGCUCCGCCUCCGAUGGUGACGAGGAGGAGGUGGUGGGGGACUCGCCGCCGCGGGCAGAUCCGAGCCACCCGGAGCACGUUGGCCGCGUUUGCGCUGCCAUCGCAGACGUUGUCGCAGCCGGUGCUGACGCGAACCUCGAGGCGGCGCUCACCGCGCUCUCGCCACCGCUCUCUGAGGCGCUCGUUCUAGCGGUGCUCGACCGCUUCAAGCACGCGCACAGGCCGUCCCACCGCUUCUUCCGGUGGGCUGCUGCCUCUGGUGGCUUCGCGCACACCUCCAUCACCUACUGCAAGAUGGUCCACAUCCUCGGCAAGACGAGACAGUUCCACUCAAUGGUGGCAUUAAUCCAAGAAAUGGGGAAGGAAGGUGCCCUGUGCAUGGACGCAUUCAAGAUUGCCAUCAAGUCGUUUGCUGCUGCUGGCGAGAUCAAGAAUGCAGUCGGCGUGUUUGAGAUGAUGAAGACGCACGGCUUUGAUGAUGGGGUGGAGUCAUUCAAUUGCUUGCUAGUUGCUUUGGCACAAGAGGGGCUGGGGAGGGAGGCAAAUCAAGUGUUUGACAGAAUGCGCAACCGCUACACUCCAGACCUUCGGUCAUAUACAGCACUUAUGUUGGCAUGGUGCAACGCGAGGAAUCUGGUGGAGGCUGGACGGGUUUGGAAUGAGAUGCUGGAGAAUGGGAUGAAGCCUGAUGUUGUGGUGCACAAUACGAUGAUUGAGGGGUUGCUACGUGGGCAGAGGCGGCCUGAGGCUGUGAAGAUGUUUGAGCUCAUGAAGGCAAAGGGUCCUGCUCCAAAUGUAUGGACUUAUACAAUGUUGAUUCGUGACCAUUGUAAAAAGGGUAAGAUGGAUAUGGCAAUGCGGUGCUUUGAGGAGAUGCAGGAUGUUGGGUGUGAGCCAGAUGUUGCUACCUAUACAUGCUUGCUUGUAGGGUAUGGGAAUGCGAAGAGGAUGGAUAGAGUGACAGCACUGUUGGAGGAAAUGACGGAGAAGGGUUGCCCUCCAGAUGGAAGGACAUACAAUGCUCUCAUUAAGCUACUUACAAAUAGGAAUAUGCCAGAUGAUGCGGCAAGAAUAUAUAAAAAGAUGAUAAAGAAGGGACUAGAGCCUACUAUCCAUACAUACAACAUGAUGAUGAAGUCAUAUUUCCUUGGCGGGAGGAAUUACAUGAUGGGUUGUGCAGUGUGGGAGGAGAUGCACCAGAAGGGGAUUUGUCCAGAUGUGAACUCUUACACAGUGUUUAUUAAUGGGCAUAUACGACAUGGUAGGCCCAAGGAGGCAUGUAAAUACAUCGAGGAGAUGAUCCAAAAAGGGAUGAAGGCUCCACAGAUAGACUACAAUAAGUUUGCUGCAGAUUUCUCUAAGGCUGGGAAGCCUGACAUACUGUAUGAAUUGGCUCAGAAGGUGAAGUUUACAGGUAAAUUUGAUGCAUCUAAUGUGUUCCACCACUGGGCAGAGAGAAUGAAAAAACGAGUCAAGCAAACUGUCCCUAAUCAGACUGAGAGCAGGACGCUCUAAUACUAUCAUCUGAUAUCAGAAAUGUGGAUCACUUAUGAUGGUGUUUGGAAUUUGAGAUAUUGCUACUGCUUUUUAGGAGAAAGGUGCUAGUUUUUUUCUGUGUUGUAUAGUAAUAGUGCAUGAAAUAUUAGUGAUGCUUUCGUAUUUGAACAAAAUUAUCGAGACAAUUAUUAUGUUGCUUCUUGUAGUUUUAUUUGAAUUCAGUCUUAUUUUAUGCUAAA